CGGAGGGACCACAGAGCCUCAGAGUGUGAAGGGACAGAGGGGAGAGCGGCAAGAGAAGGGGGAGAAGGGGAGCCGGCGCAGAGGUGCCAGGACCAUGGCCGAGUCUGUCACCUACGCAGACCUGCGGUUCGUGAAGGCCCCCCUGAAGAAGAGGGUCUCCAGCCAGCCAGGACAGGACCCAGAGGCUGACGAUGACGGGGAGCUCACCUACGAGAACGUGCAAGUGCCCACACUCUCAGGGGGGGCCUCAAACUUGGCUUCUUCUGGGCUAGGGGACAAGGCCGGGGUGCAGCCGGAGCCGCCCGCAGCGCCCUGGAGCUCCGUGACGUCGCCCGCAGCCUGGCGGCUCCUGGGCGGCCACGACAGCCCAACCUGCUGGAAAUACCUCCUUCUGGGCCUGCUCCUCACCUGCCUGCUGUUAGGGGUGGCUGCCAUCGCCCUGGGGGUGCGCUAUCUGCAGGUGUCUCAGCAGCUCCAGCGCAUGAGCAGGGCCCUGGACGCCACUAACAGCAGCCUGAGGCAGCAGCUCCGCCUGCAGGGCGCGCAGCUGGGCCAGCAGGAGCGGGAGCUGCAGGGCUCCAGGAGGGAGCUGGCCCAGACGCGGGAAGCGCUGCAGGUGGAACAGCGCGAUUGCCAGGCCGUCAGGAAGCAGUCGCAGGCCUGGCUGGCCGGCUGGGAGGAGACAAAGGAGGCCCUGAGGCGUGAGGAGACGCAGAGGAGUGCCGUGGAGGAGAGGCUGAACCGCUGGCGGGACACGCUGAAGCCCCUCUGCGUGCCGGAAACGCGGAAGUCCAACUUGGACCACCUCCACCCCUCAGACCCCUGCUGUCCCGUGGGAUGGAUACUGAUGGCGACGAAUUGCUUUUACAUCUCACUUAUUAAAAGAAGUUGGGAAGACAGCCAAAACUAUUGUAAAUCUCUGUCCUCCAACCUGGCCACGAUUACGGUGAAUGAGUAUUAUUCAGAUUAUCGUGGCAGCAGUAGUAGCAGUGUAUAUAAGGUGUUGGAACAAGUUGAUCUGUCUGGUUCAUAUUGGAUUGACUUCGGGUUGAAGGACAGGCCUUAUGUUCCCCAAAGGAAAAGAUGUCCCUCUAUACAAAACAAGUGGUCAAGAUACCAAUACCAGACAGACUGUGCUACUUCUCUUCCCUGUGUCUGUGAGAUGGCACCUAUUAGGUACCCAGAUUACCACUGAGCUGAAUCCUCAUGCCAACAAGAGCCUGUGCCCUUCAUCCCUAACCGGCAGCCACAGGUCCUAUGAUUCUCUCUCUCCAGCAUUUCCUCAAUCUGCCUGGAUAGUGCCCGGCCAAGGGCUGAUCUAUGCCUGCUGCCUGCCUGAAAUCCUGUCCCAGAAACUGGACUAUUCCUGGGAAAAGGGUACAGAAGAGAUUUUGGCCUCCCCAAGAACCUCCCAUAGUGGAAGGGGGGGGGGGGGGCUGAGGGGAGGAGGGCGCACGGGCUGAGCGGAUAGGGGCAGCCCGGAGCCAGCCAGGCAGUUUUAUUGAAAUAUUUUUAAAUAA